CGGCGGCGGUGCUCGACUGGCCGGCGCGCCCGCGCGGGGUCAGAAGAUGGCGGCGCUGGGAGCCCCGCUGCGCACUCUGCGCGCGCUCCUGCGCGAGCUGCGCCACGCCGCUGGCCGUUCCUAUCGCGACAGUCCCGCCUAUCGCCACGUGCUCGCGGCCUUCCGGGCGCACCGGGUAACCAGCGAGAAGCUGUGCCGGGCCCAGCAGGAGCUGCAUUUCCAGGCCACCACCUACCUGUGCCUGCUCCGCAGCGUCCGGGAGCACGAGGCCCUGCACCGCGAGUACCACGGCAGGGGCGAGCGCUCGCCCCAGGAGGUCGCCGGACUGGUGGGCUUCAGACUGCCUCAGCAGCCGGGAGGGAAGAGCUGAGACGGGACUGCCGUCUUCAAUAUUUCCUCCUCAAUAAAUAAAUAUCUAGAGCCACUGGAA